AUGAGGAGGCACUCUCACUCUCACUCUCACUGUCAUGCACAUCAGCUCAGCUCUGUCUGCUUCAAGCUGUCCACAGGCUGCUGGCUGCUCCUGCUGCUGCUGCUAGUCGCCCACUGCGCAUGCGCCAAAGAGACGUCCGAAUUCGUCAAAGGAAAAAUAUGCAUCGGCACGAACGGGCGGAUGUCGGUUCCGUCGAACCGCGAACACCACUACCGCAACCUGCAGAACCGCUACACCAACUGCACCUACGUGGACGGCAACCUGGAGCUGACCUGGCUGCAGGACGAGAACCUCGACCUCAGCUUCCUGCAGUACAUCCGCGAGGUGACCGGCUAUGUGCUCAUCUCGCAUGUCGAUGUGCGCCGCAUCACCCUGCCGCGUCUGCAGAUCAUCCGCGGACGCACCCUCUUCAAGCUCAACAUCCACGAGAAGGAGUUUGCGCUCAUUGUCACCCUCUCCAAGAUGCACAACCUCGAGAUGCCUGCUCUACGCGACAUCCUGACGGGCAGUGUAGGCAUGUUCAACAACUACAACCUGUGUCACAUGAAGACGAUCAAGUGGGACGAGAUAAUCACGGGUCCGGGUGCGGAGUACGUUGCCACAAGGACUGCGCCCAUGGCUGCUGGGGCGAGGGUGCAGAGAACUGCCAGAAGUUCAGCAAGAUCAACUGCAGUCCGCAGUGCUACCAGGGGCGCUGCUUCGGGCCUAAUCCGCGCGAAUGCUGUCACCUCUUCUGUGCCGGUGGCUGCACCGGACCCAAGCAGAGCGAUUGUCUGGCCUGCCGUAACUUCUGAUGGUCCAUGUCCGAAAACGUGUGAAGGAGUGGACGGAGGCCUCAUUCAUUCGGGCAACAUCAACGACUUCAAAGACUGCACUAUCAUCGAGGGCUCCAUCUCGAUACUCGACCAAUCGUUCAAAGGAUUCCAGCAGGUCUACAACAACUAUAGCUUCGGCGAACGAUACCAGAAAAUGCAUCCUGAUAGUUUGGAGGUGUUCAGUACUCUGAAAGAGGUCACCGGCUACAUAAACAUUCAAGGCGAUCAUCCGGAUUUCACUAACCUGUCUUAUUUCAGAAACCUGGAGGUGAUCGGAGGACGCCAGCUGACCGAAUACUUUUCGUCGCUGUACAUCGUGAAGACGUCGCUCAAGUCGCUUGGACUGCGCGCGCUGAAGAAGGUGCACUCGGGCAGUGUCGCCAUCUUGGAGAACAAGAACCUGUGCUUCGCGCAGGGCAUCGACUGGAAUCGCAUCAAGAAGUCGCACGAGCACACAACCAUGUUACAGAACAACAAACACGACGAUCAGUGCAAGAAAGAAGGCCUGGUGUGCGACGUGCAGUGCUCGCUGGAGGGCUGCUGGGGCCCGGGUCCCGACCAGUGCCUGGCCUGCAAGAACUACCAGCUGGGCACGACGUGUCUCGAGGACUGCGACGCGGUGGCCGGCAUGUACAAGGCGGGCGGCAACAUGUGCAUGCCAUGCCACGAGGAGUGCGAGUCCACGUGUCACGGGCCGGGACCGGACAAGUGCACGCGCUGCAAGCACGUCAAGGACGGCCCGUUCUGCGUGCAGACGUGUCCCGACAGCAAGUACAACGCGAGCGGCGAGUGUCGACCCUGUCACGCCAACUGCAUCGGCGGCUGCGACGGGCCGCACAACACCAUCGGGCCCAGCGGAUGCAAGUCCUGCGAGAAGGCCUUCAUCAACGACAACAUCACCGUGGAACACUGCCUGCAGAAGAACGAGUCUUGCCCGGACGGCUACUACCACGAGUGGGUGGGCCCACAGGAGCAGGGUAGGCUGCAGCCACUGGCCGGCAAAGGCGUGUGCCGGAAGUGUCACCCUCGCUGUCGCCGCUGCACCAACUAUGGCUUCCACAUCCAGGUGUGUCAGGAGUGUGCGCAGUACAAGCGCGGCGAACAGUGCGAGGACGAGUGUCCCAGCGAUCACUUUGCACAUGAGCUGACGCAGGAAUGCAAGCCUUGCAGCGUGGAAUGUCGGGGCUGCUUCGGGCCGGACAACAGCCAGUGCCUGAACUGUCGCAACUACAAGAUCUACGUGAGCGGAGGUGACGGCGACCCGACACGACACGACAACACGACCCGGUUCAACUGCACGGCGACCUGUCCGCCCGAGUUCCCGCACAAGAUCUUCCCCGAGGACAACGGAGAGCCGUACUGCUCGGUCGAGCCUCAGGGUCUCGCCUUCUUGCCUCGUGACGCCGAGAAUAUUCCGACCAUAGUUGCCGUCGUCGUCGCCUGCGCCCUCGUUCUCCUGCUAUUCCUCGUCGCCUUGUUGUAUCAGUGGCGACAACGUGCAAAAGCGAAGGAGAACGCGGUGAAGAUGACGAUGGUGCUGCAAGGCUUGGACGAGCCUCUGUCGCCCACCAACGUCAAGCCCAACCUGGCCAAGCUACGCAUCAUCAAAGAACACGAACUGCGCAAGGGCGGCGUACUCGGAUAUGGCGCCUUUGGCACUGUAUACAAAGGCGUAUGGGUGCCCGAAGGUGAGAACAUUAAAAUCCCGGUGGCGAUCAAGGUGCUACGUGAGUGCACUGGUGCCGAAACAACCAAAGAGUUCCUGGAGGAGGCGUACAUCAUGGUGACCGUGGUGCACCCGAACCUGCUGCAGCUGCUGGCCGUCUGCCUCACGUCCAAGAUGAUGCUCGUCACGCAGCUCAUGCCACUCGGCUGCCUGCUUGACUAUGUUCGCAACAACAAGGACAAGAUAGGCUCCAAGCCGCUGCUCAACUGGUGCACGCAGAUUGCUCGAGGAAUGGCGUACCUAGAAGAGAAGCGCCUAGUGCACAGGGACCUGGCGGCGAGGAACGUUCUGGUGCAGACGCCGAACUGCGUGAAAGUGACGGACUUCGGUCUGGCCAAACUGUUAGACAUCAACGAGGACCAAUACAAGGCAGCAGGCGGCAAAAUGCCCAUCAAGUGGUUGGCACUGGAAUGCAUCCAGCACCGCAUAUUCACGCACAAGAGCGACGUGUGGGCGUUCGGCGUCACCGUCUGGGAGCUACUCACGUACGGCGGACGUCCGUACGAGUCGGUGCCUGCACGUGACGUGCCCGAACUGCUGGAGACAGGCGAACGCCUGCCGCAGCCGAACAUCUGCACCAUCGACGUCUAUAUGCUGAUGAUCAACUGCUGGAUGCUGGACGCCGAGAGUCGACCCUCCUUCAAGGAGCUGGCCGACCAGUUCGCCAAGAUGGCGCGUGACCCCGGCCGCUACCUCGUCAUACCCGGUGAUAAGUUCAUGAGGUUGCCGUCCUAUUCGUCACAGGAGGACAAGGAGAUGAUAACAAUGGACGCCUCUGACGGGAUGGCAUCGGCGCCAGUGGAGGGGGGUGUGGGAAUGGGGGGCAUGGGAGUGGGGGGUGACACACAUCCUCACCCACACACGCACACACACCCGCACCACGCCAAGAACAGCCUGUACCCGUCAGUGGUGUUGCUCGAGUCUCCCGGACCUCAGAACCAGGCCAACUGGGACCGAGAGAUGAUGCGACCCGCCAUGGUUGCCGCAGCCGCAGCCGCCGCCGCAGACGGUCACUCGAAUCCGUUGCGGUACUGUGUUGAUCCGCUAACGAGAGACUGUAUGGAGUUCGCUGGUAGCACAAGCAAGCGGGAAGCACAGGUUCUGGGCGACUUGAAGCUGGACCUCCCUCUGGAUGAGGACGACUACCUCAUGCCUUCCCCGCAGCAGAGUCAGCCGCCAACCACCUAUAUGGAUCUCAUCGGUGAAUCGAACAUGCAAGGUGAGCUAGCGGCGAACGUAGCAGCGAGUCGAAUGGCGAACGGCGGCCAGGAAUUCCUGCCCAGUGUGGACAACCCCGAAUACCACAUGGUGGCGGCGAGUGUUGGACUGCCUCACGUCAACGGACUCCCCAUGGACACAUCCGGCCUGCCGGUGUCCGGAUUACCGGAAGCGGCCAAUCCGACGCCUCAGCCGCACAAGUCGUCCGAAGAGGAGUCGGAUCACGAAUACUACAACGACUAUGACCGGCUGAAGAGGGAACUGCAACCCUUGAGGCGCAACGAAACCACCGUUUGAUCUCUGCUCUGCUCUGCUCUGCUCCCUUGCGGUGAACACAAACACUUGCCUCCCGUCAUAUCUUGCCAAUCAUUCGUCGCAACCAACGCGCAACCAAUCGAAUAUUGCUAUUUUUUAAUAGUAGACUUUUUCUACGGAUGUACCUAAGAAACACCAUAAAGGUUUCAAUACGAAAAAUUGAAACUACUAAUACUAAUAAGGGUUACAAUCAAAUAUAAAUAUUUUAUACAGCUUUAUUGGACAACUUAUCUAUUGAAAAAACUCUUUUGGCAGACUUAAUCAUUGUAUGUAUUUGAGGUUUGCCAUCAAGCAACUAUAGUAUUUUUAAUAAUCGACUUUUUAAUAAUGAGACUCCUACCCACCAGAAAAUCAAGCGUGUAGAGUUAUUUAAUCUCUUGAAAUUGGUUUUGUAGUUUUGUAAUUCUACGUUUUCUAGUAGUAAGCCCCAGAUUUUUACUAUCAAUGAACCAGAAACAUUAAAUGAUGAGUGCUUAUCAAUGCAAUAAAAAUUCAUUAUAGUCUGAUAAAAUUCAUAUAGAGAAAACCCUGAUGUGGUAGACUGCUUAUGACAAUCAGAAAACGUUAUUCAUGUGGUCUUAUUCUAUCAAUAAACCGUUAUAUGAACUUUCAUAUCAAGUGUGAAAUAAAUGGACCAAUCUUUUUAACUUUUCAAACUUGAUGAUUUCGGAUUUCCCAAUCAAAAUAGUAACAUGGAAAACCCAAUUAUCUCUAUUGCUAGGGAUAACCUAGUUAUGAACGUUUUACAUUUUUAUAAAAUUGUCUGUGGCAUAAUCUUUUUAUAAAAAUUUUCAUAAUUAAAAUUCAUUGCCAAUUCUGCAAUUCAAGUUGUUGAUGAGUAAAACCACAAUAAUGUUUCUAUUCGUAUUUAUUGUUGAAACAGCACUUUUUCACUUUUCCUGAUAGUUGAUAGUUGAAUAAUACCAUAUUGCUCUAUACUUCCCAACUACAUCCCUAGUUAGUGGGGUUUGCAAUAAUUUGUAUUUUUUUAGAAAAACGAUUAUAUUUCGAUCAUGCCUUACAAAUCCAUUAGCUGUGUAUAUCUUGAAACAAUUCAUUAAGACUAGAACUACUGUAGUGAAGUUAGCGGUAUACUAACAUUAUCAAUUGAACUAAUUUUGACAUUUAAUUAUAUUGUAGAAUUUCAGGAGUAUAUAUUUUUAUAUGUAUAUUAGAUAAUAUGUGUAUGUGAACAAGAAUCUUUUUUAUUGUAUUUUAUGUAAAAUAUGAAACUAUUUGUACAGUUUUUAAUUAUCUCCGUUUCCGUUUUGGAUUCAAAAAAGACCAUUGAUAUAAUUACUGCAAGUGUGGUUUUGCACUCGGAUUGUAUAUUAAUCAAGUUUGUGGUCUAUAAAUUUUGACUUCCUCACAGUAAACGAUCUUAUCUCUUAUCUAGUAUCAUUUUCGAUGCUAAAUUAUAGUGAAGGACUCGUGAGAGGGUGAACAGUACAAAUAUAAGCCUAAUCAUUCCAAUGCUUUUCCAGAGAUUUGUCAAACUGUAAAUUAUAUAUUUGGAACGUGUAAGUAUAUUCUGAAGAGCUGCCGGGUUUUAUUGCUAUAGGUUAUUUUUCAUGUAACGUCAUUUGAAUUUCACCAAUCAAAUAUCAUUCAGAGUCAUCAUAAGGUCGAUUAUUAUUAUCAUUUCAUGCAUUUAGGAAUCUUACUUGAAUAUUAAUCUUCCUUGUUCCAUGUCUCUAUAGUUCAUGUGUCAUUGAUAACUUUAAUAUAUGUGCUGGGACCAGUUAUAUUAUUAACUCCCUCUGGCGUUUUUGUCAGGUAUUCGAAUAAUUUUGAUUGUUGUGAUCAUAUCCUAAUAUUCAUCUCCACUUAAUAUUUCGACCAGUUUUAUUUAUUCAAGCUGAACUUUUUUGCUCCUGAAUACAUUUUUUGUGUUUUAUCUCUUUUUUCUAAAGGAUAACUACCUACGAAAAACUCCUAGUUUCAAACUGACAAUUCUGAAAAAUGUAAUGACUUUCGCAGCAUUCCUUGGCAAUUUCUGCCACUCCAUAUCAUUCCAUAUUUUUAAUAUUUCAUCUAUUUUCUUCGAAAAUCCUCCAUAUAUUUCAACAGGUGUAAUAAAUAUUGUAACGUUUAUAACAAAUUAGCCUAUUGUGAAGUAAUGUGAUACAAUACAAAUCGUGCCUCAAAAAAUAACAUGGAACCAUGUCAUCCCAUGCCUCCAAAAGUCCAUCCCUCAACUAACCAAUUGAACUAACUAUUAAUAGUUGAUAACAUUACUGAAAAAUGUUUUUGAAACUUAUCCGGCAUUAAUUUUGAAGUAUUCAACUUCUCAAAUCCUCGUUCACGGCUAAUUAGAAAUUAAUUUUAAAACUUAAAUCAAUAAGUGCAAAUCCUAUUCACUACUGAAUCCAACGCACAAUCAUUUUAAUCUUGGAAGUCCAUGUAUUGCUUUAAAUUGAAUUAUUUAAUUGUAUUGUAUAAUUAAUAUUCUAAAGUUCUUCCUUGUAAAUAUGUUUAAAAUGACAACUCCGUGUUGAUUUUAUUAAUGCAAAUGUCGUAGAUAAUAAGUGAUUGUAUUUUUAACUGCAUGUAUAUUACCUAUUUUGUUAGAUAUUUUGUGCCAUUUUCAAUAGGUGGAUUUUAAAUAAAUCGAGUCUGUUAGUAUUUUACUGUAUGUAUGCGGCGGCGCAAUAAAUUUCAAUUUUUUUGAUCAAUAGGAAAUUUGGAGUUAUGAAAAAAUUUGCAUGCAAUACCGUAUUAUUGUUUUCAUGUCUCUAAUCUUCUUAUUGGUCAAAUUUUCCCCGAACAGUUCUGAUUUACACUACACAUUCAACCUAUAUGUGUAGGUGAUUUGAAAUUUAUUGUUGUGGCUAGUCAAUAUCAUUGGAAAUGGAUUUGUAUUGUUGUAUUUUAAUCAUAAAGUAAUUUGUCUACCAUCAUCGUUGUUGAUGGAGUACGUGAACAUUAAAAUUUGUACUUAUGUCAUGAUGAAACGAUAAGUAUUUCUAUCUGCGAUGAAGAAAAUAGAAUGUCUUAACAUUUUGAGUGAAGAGUGAUUGUCGGUUACAAUCGGAACUACAUUCGCAUGAAUGUUGAAAAUUGAAUUGUAAGAAAUGUUUGCUUAGUUUUGAAUAGGGUCUAUAUUUUACCAAACAAAUUUCAAAAAUCUUAUAAACUCAUUUCUUACUAAAACCUCUGCAAUACUGUGAUUGUAUUUUAUUGUAUGCCUCAUCAAAUUUAAAUAUACUUUGUUAUUGUCUUGUUAUCUGAUGGUUAGGUACCGUACGUGCAAUAAUUUCUAGUUAUGUACGAGUGUUAUGUCAAUGAAUGACUGUAUGAAUUUGUUUGAAUAUGUAUGAAUGUUGAAUGGAAUGUGCGAAGAACAUGGACGUCAAUAAUUCUCGUGAAAUCUCAAAAAUUGAGCUAUCUUCUGUCUUCUAUUACAUCUUCUAUCUAGUUUUGGUUUAUAAAAGCUACAAAAUUUAAAUUGUCAGACUAUGAUAUUCUAUUUUCUUCAUCGAAAGUUUUUAAGACUGUGAUAUAUGUUUGUAUUGUAUUAAGUAUUGACAUCUAUUGUUACUAUUAUAUUGUUAAUUAUCAUAAUUCUAUAAGAAUAUGUUAUACUGUUUUAAUCAGAAUUUAAGAGCUUCACACUAGAUUCUAGGAUGAAACAUGAGAUGCAAUACGGUAUAAAUUAAGUAGUAGAGAGACAUUCUCACUUGUGCCUUGAAAAAUGUAAUUUGUGGUCAUGAGUACAUUGUAGUUGAUAAAUAAUUCUUAGUUCGUUUUUGGAUAGCCACUAAAAAAGUGCUCUUCAUAACAUUCAAAUCCAAGUAAUAUUUACCGUAUUAUUAGCGAACUGUUGAUGUUUACCAAAAAAGUUCUCAAUUUUCACAUUCAUUAAUUAAACUAUUGAUUACACGUUAAUUAUUUUCAGAAUAACCUAUUUAACUCAUUAUUUCCAUCGUAAAAUGUCAAAAUCACAUUGUCAAUCAAGAAUAUUAACAGUUGCUACUUAUAUAUUUCUAAUUCGGAACAUAUUUUAAAAUUGUUUUCUACUGUGAAGCUAUCGAGUUUUUCUCAUACAUUUGAUGCUGCUAAUUUUAUUUGUAUCAUCUUGUUCUUGAUUUGUGUUGUUCAUUGUUAUAGAACAGACAAGCUCUAAAAUUAUGUGAAUUAUUAUUGUAUUAUAGCAUACAAUUGAAUUCGUAUCCACUUUUUAUGUGUUAAUCAAGUAAGUUAUGCUUGUAAUGUAAAUUUCCUUUGUAAAUACAUUAUAAAUAACAACUUGUAAAUACUAGGUAUAGUAUAUUAAAAAGACUUGUAUUCAU